AUGCUGGACCGCGAGGAGCAGGACGAAGGGGGAGCUGAGCGCAGGAUCAGGAGGGAGAAGAACCUGAGACGCACGUACGAGACGAAAGACCUGGAGAUUUUCAACCUCCUCCGCGUUCCCGUGUGGAUCUUCGAUUUCAAGAAGCGGCAGAUGCUCUGGUGCAACCUGGAGGGCUUGGAGCUGUGGUCAGCAGACACUCUGGAGGAGCUGCUCGCUCGGGACUGGGCCGGCGACAUGUCGCAGGCGAUACAGAUGCAAUGCGACCACUUCGCCUACACCCUGAGCCAAGGCGGCAGCAUCAAAGAGCUGUUCACGUUCUACCCGCUGCCGACCCGCCAGCCGCGAACCACGCUGAUGACGCUCACCGGCAUACAACUCAAGGAUCGGUCCCAGGAAGGUGAGGGUCCUCGCUCGGGCACGGCGCUUGUGAUGGCAGAGUACGUGGGCGAGAGCCUGUCGCACCAGGAGAUACGGGCCGUGGCAGCUAUGCGCCACACCAUCGCCAUGAACCCGGCGGCGGUCAACAACUACUACCCCGGCAGCCAAAAGCAGGGAGAACCGCCCCAGGAAGACCCCAUCAAAGUCAGUCCGUCGGGAAGCCUAUUGGCGGGCAACAGACUGCUCCAGCGGUUUGCCAAACCGGAGGACUGGGAAGAUUGUCGUAACACGCUCGACCAAGGGUCGGUUUGGGAGAAGGAAACGCCGAUGAUGGGUUGCCACGGUCCCAAGUGGCACUCGGUCACCGUGAAGCGCAUCAAGGACCCAAUAUCCGGUGAAUCGGCCUUCCUCGUGAGCGAGAUGGACAUCACCGCCAAGAAGAAGCUCGAGAAAGAGAACUCGGACAAGGACACCUUCCUGGGCAUGGUAUCGCAUGAGAUCAGGACUCCGAUCAACGGCAUCCUGGGCUUCAACAGUCUCCUGCUGGAGACCAGCCUCACCGAGGAGCAGCGCGACUUCACGACCAGCAUCCAGCGGUCGGCCAAGCUCCUCCUGGCCCACGUCAACGACCUCCUCGACUUUGCCAAGAUCGCCGAAGGCAAGCUGCGCAUGGAGACGGCGCUGGUGAGCCUGGAGGAGGUGGUGGAGACGGUGACGAAGCUGGCGCGACCGCUGGCCGAGGAGAAGCAGCUCGAGCUUCGGUGCACGGUGGACAAGAUCAUCCCGCGCGUGCUGUUUGGCGAUCCGCUGCGCAUAUCGCAGAUCAUCCAGAACUUCCUGAGCAACGCGGUCAAGUUCACCAGCAAGGGCUACAUCCACGUCAAGGUCACGGUCAACAAGGACCCAGCCUGCGCGAUCCCGUCCGACGGCAAGGAGCGGGGCGAUGAAAGCUACCUGGCUGGCAUGGACGACAACAACUCUAUCUUCCUCAAGAUCUCUGUCCAGGACACCGGCAUCGGCGUGCCACCGGACAUGCGAAAGGCCAUAUUCGGAAAGUUCGUGCAGGCCGACUCUUCCAUCUCUCGUCGCUUCGGUGGAACUGGGUUGGGACUGGCCAUCUGCAAGCGAGUCGCGCGAAUGAUGGGCGGCGACUGCAGUUGCCGGUCGCCUGCCAUUCCCCCCUUCGAGCGCGAAGAUGUCGGCGGCCCCGGGAGCGAGUUCUGGGCCACGCUGCGCGUGCGGACCACGUUCGAGGCCAAGCAGCCGUCCAAGUUCUUCCUCGUCCACCCGCAGCUCACGCCCCACCUCUACGCUCUCCACGUCCCGCCCAUGCAGCCCCUCGCCGCCGUCUCCACCCAGUCCGAGCCGCUCAUCGACUCAGCCGCGCUCCGGGGUCUGGACCCCGUCCAGCGUCGGUUGUCCGUGCCCGAACUCGCCCCCGAGCUCACUGCCGACCCUCGCGCGGGCUACACGCCGCUGCGCGAUGACAUCCUGAGCGCUCUCACGGAGAACGAAGACAUGGCCUACCUCGACAACGACCAGCUUCCGCCGCUGCCGCGGCAGCGCCAGCAACCGCAGCGCCAGCGGAGGAUCAAGCUGAGACUGCCGGCCAGGUCGGUGUCUUGCUGCGGCGACGGCGGUGGCUCGUCGGACGAGGAGCAGGCGGGCAUGAAGUCGCCGCUGUCGCCGCUCGGGGCGUCGUCGGUCACGGGCCAACGGAAGCCGGUCAACUCGUCAUCGUCGCCGUUGCCGCCGUCGUCAUCGGCCAAGCGCGACUCGUUCUCGCAGGAGAGCGUGGGCCAGAACUACGAUAUGCUGUGCGAGGUGCUGGCCCAGUGCACCAACGUCGAAGUCGAGCGCGUGGAGACCCUCGAGCAGCUCGAGGCCGCCCGGCGCGAGAUCAGCCGCGGUGUGACCCUUACCACCGCCACCGCCCCGAACGACGCCAACCCGGCCGUGUCGCUCGGCGAGCCCACGAGUGGCGGCAGCCUGCUCGACGUGGACGAAGAUAACGCCGACGACGCCGGCAAGACGCCGGCGACGGGGGCGACGGCGGUGACGAGGCCGCGGGCGGUGGUGGUGGUGUGCCUGGUGGAGAUCCCCGGCCUCGCCAAUCGCAGCAACCCGCGCUCGUUCCGGCGGUUCCUCUCAUCCUACUUCUCCCGCGCCGCCACCGCCACCGCCGCCUCCUCCCUCAUGGAGGCCAGCGGCGACGAAACGGCCACCGCCGGCGGUAUGCGGCACUUUGAUUUCGACCGCGCCGACGCGCAGGCGCUCAACGGAGGAGGCAGCCACACCACCAAGCACCGGGCCGAUGUGUGGCUCAUCACAGGCGUGUCGGAGACCGUCAACUGCUUCCUCAACAGCUGCGUGUUCAAGUACGCCGGGCCCACACAGUCCGGCGGCCGGUUUCCCAGCUACCGGGAGGCCGCGCCGCGACGACGCGCCGCCAGCCCGCGGCCUCGCAGCAGCAGCGCCGACCACAGCGCCGCUUCGGUGAGCACCACGAAGAACGGGUUCGCCACCGAGCGUCAGCCCAGCGAGAUCGUGGUGACGACGCCACCGACCAUGAUUCCCGUCACCGCCAGCGGCGGCCAGAGCUCGCCGAGGGAGGCCUCGGGGUGGAAGACCCGCAAGGCUUCGCUGUCGCUGCCUCACCUGCGACUGGGCAGCGCAGCCGACAGCCACCACCAGGCCGAGGGCGACGGCGAGGAGGAGCCAACGACGAGGCUCGCGCUGGCGACGACGCGGGAGAAGCGGGCGGCGUCGGACGACGCGUCGGUCGAGAGCCCGCACAAGCGGCGGGUGCUGGUGGUGGAGGACAACGCCAUGAACCAGAAGCUCAUCCGCAACAUCCUCGUGCGUGAGGGCUACGACGUCGAGGUGGCCGGCGACGGCCUCGAGGCCCUCGACGUCAUCCGCGAGAAGGGGCUCGACCACUUCUCCCUCGUCCUCAUGGACAUCCAAAUGCCCAAGAUGAACGGCUACGAAUGCACGCAGGCAAUCCGAGCGCUGCCGGACCCUACGGCGCGCACGAUCCCAAUCGUGGGGGUGAGCGCGACGUCGGGGGAGGACGUGGUGGAGCGGUGCCUGAGCAAGGGCAUGAACGCCACCAUCGCCAAGCCCUACUCCCUCCAGACCAUCCGCUCCCACCUCAACCAAUACGCCCCGCGCUACGUCACUCCCUCCCCACGAGCCGCUCGCCUCGCCUCCCUCUGA